AUGUAUGAUCCUGUAUACUUGUGUUAUGCAAAGAUGAGUAUGUCAAUAGGAGCUUAUUGGGUAUUGGUUUUCUUGUAUAUUUUACUAUCUUCAGGGAAUAGUAUUCUUGCUUUCUCCUAUGACUAUUCUGCAACGACUGAGUGCUUGAAAGAGCCUCAGAGAGCUCAAUAUGGAGGAGGGAUAAUAGCCAAUCCAGAGUUUACCCAUACCUUGGAAGGGUGGAAUGUGCAUGGUGAAGGAACAAUCAGAGAAGGAAUAUCAAAGAAUGGUAACAGAUAUAUUAUUGCACAUGGCAGAACUCAAUCACUCGACGGUGCCUCACAGACAGUUCAAUUUGUAGAAGGAAAUCUUUAUACUUUCUCUGUUUGGGUUCAAAUCAAUCGAGGAAGUGAGAGUGUAGCAGCUGUUUUGCGAACGGCUGCUGGUGAACUGAUUCGAGUUGGCCAAGUUAUAGCAAGAGAUGGAUGCUGGUCUUUCCUUAAAGGUGGUGUCUUUGCAAACUUUUCAGGCCCUGCUGAGCUUCUGUUUCAGUGCAAGAAUACAAAUGUGGAAAUAUGGAUUGACAAUGUCUCAUUACAACCAUUUACCAUGGAGCAAUGGAGAUCCCACCAAGAUGAAAUCAUUCAAAAGGAACAUAAGAGAAAGGUGACUUUCCAGGUAAAAUUUGCGAACAAAACUGCCGUAAAAGGUGCUGUAGUAUCCAUAAAACAAACCCAAUCAAGUUUGCCAUUUGGAUGUGGCAUGAACCAUCAUAUCUUGGAAAGUGAAGCUUACAAAAACUGGUUUACUUCAAGAUUCAAGUACACCACUUUCACUAAUGAAAUGAAGUGGUACAGCACCGAGAUCAUACAGGGUCGCGAAGACUACACAGUUGCAGAUACAAUGGUGAGAUUUGCCAAACGACAUGGCAUUUCUAUCAGAGGUCACAACAUUUUGUGGGAUAAUCCAAAGUACCAGCCAGACUGGGUUAAAAAUCUCUCUCCUAAUGAUUUACGAAAAGCUGCAGCAAAAAGAAUAAAUUCAGUGGUCUCAAGAUACGCAGGCAAACUCAUUGCUUGGGAUGUAAUGAAUGAGAAUCUGCACUUCAGCUUCUACGAAGAUAAGCUUGGCGCAAAUGCUUCUGCUGAGUACUUCUCCAGAGCUUUUCAGCUUGAUCCGAAAACGGGACUGUUCAUGAAUGAGUUUAAUACAAUUGAAGAUCGUAGGGAUGAGGCUGCAAGUCCAACUAACUACAAGAGGAGACUAGAGCAAAUCCUGUCAUAUCCUGGAAACAAAGGAAUUUUAGCUGGAAUAGGCGUGCAAGGCCAUUUCAUUUAUGGCCAACCUGACCUUGCUUACAUGAGAGCUUCCUUGGACAUUCUGGCUUCAAAUGGAUUGCCCAUAUGGCUCACUGAAGUGAGUCUUGAAGCAGGCCCAAAUCAGGCAGAGUACUUUGAGCAGGUGCUAAGGGAAGGCCACUCUCACCCUGGUGUUGAAGGGAUUAUCAUGUUUGCAGGCCCAGAAAUUGCAGGUUUCAAUGCUACAACCUUAGCAGACAAAGAUUUCAAGAACACUCCAGCUGGAGAUGUUGUGGAUAAGCUGAUUAAUGAGUGGAAGGCUACAACUGCUGAACUCACAACAGAUAGUGAAGGAUCCAUUGAAGUUUCAUUGUUUCAUGGAGAUUACAAUAUAACUGUUAAAGACCCACUUAGCAAUUCUUCUACUAGCUGGAAUUAUAAUCUGAGAAAAGAUGACAAGGGUGGCAAUGUUCAUAUUCUGAUCAAUGCUUGA